AUGAGUGUGAUCUCUCGGAAUAUUUGGCCUGUGUGCGGAAGCUUAUGCUUCUUCUGCCCUGCUUUGCGCGAGAGAUCAAGACACCCUAUUAAGCGUUAUAAGAAGUUGCUUGCCGAUAUAUUCCCUCGCUCUCAGGAAGAAGAACCGAAUGAUCGAAUGAUUGGCAAGCUAUGUGAAUAUGCCUCCAGAAAUCCUCUCCGUGUUCCGAAGAUAACCACCUACCUUGAGCAAAGGUGUUAUAAGGAAUUGAGAAAUGAGAACAUCCAUUGUGUAAAAGUUGUCAUUUGUAUCUACAGGAGAUUGCUGGUUUCUUGUAAGGAGCAAAUGCCAUUGUUUGCAAGUAGCUUGCUUGGCAUCAUACAAAUUCUUCUUGAUCAAGCACGGCAUAAUGAAGUGCAAACGUUAGGGUGCCAAACUCUCUUUGACUUUGUGAACAAUCAGAGAGAUGGUACCUAUAUGUUAAAUCUAGAUGGAUUAGUUUCCAAACUUUGUCUUCUAGCUCAAGAAGCGGGUGACGAAGAAAAAGUACAACAUUUGCGUGCUUCUGGCAUACAGGCUCUUUCGUCAAUGGUUUGGUUCAUGGGUGAAUUUUCACAUAUUUCAGCUGAAUUUGACAAUGUUGUUUCAGUUGUGUUGGAAAAUUAUGGCGACGUUGAGAAAGAUUCUGAAAAUAUGCAAAUGACAAGGAUUACUUCUUGGAGAAUGGUGGUGAAUGAGAAAGGACAAGUUAAUGUGCCUGUGGAAGAUGUUGUAAACCCUCGGUUUUGGUCAAGGGUUUGCCUGCGUAAUAUGGCGAAGUUAGCCAAAGAGGCAACAACUGUACGGCGUGUUUUGGAAUCCUUGUUCCGCUAUUUUGAUAGUGCUAAUCUCUGGUCUCCACAACACGGGCUUGCUCUUUCAGUGUUGCUGGAAAUGCAGUUAAUAAUUGAAAACUUGGGGCAGAAUACACACUUUCUAUUGUCCAUUUUGGUCAAACACCUUGAUCACAAGAAUGUGUUAAAGGACCCUAAUAUGCAGCUCGACAUUGUUGAUGUUAUCACCCAGCUUGCUAAACAGACAAAGGUUCAGCAAUCUGUGGCUAUAAUUGGUGCACUGAGUGACAUGAUGAGACACCUACGGAAAAGCAUACAUUGCUCUCUUGACGAUUCAAACCUAGGGGCCGAAGUUAUCCAAUGGAACCAAAAGUACCGACAAGCAGUAGAUGAAUGCCUGGCGCAGUUAUCACUCAAGAUUGGAGAUGCAGGUCCUGUUCUUGAUAUGAUGGCCGUAUUGUUGGAAAAUAUGUCUAACAUCACCGUAAUGGCCAGAACCUUGAUUUCUGCAGUUUAUAGAACGGCUCAAAUAGCAGCUUCAAUACCAAAUCUGCAAUACCAGAACAAGGCAUUUCCUGAGGCAUUAUUUCAUCAGUUACUCCUGGCAAUGGUACAUCCAGACCACGAAACCAGGGUCGGGGCACACCGCAUAUUUUCUGUUGUUCUUGUGCCAUCAUCAGUGUGUCCUCAACCUUCUUCUCUUGUCCCCUCCCCAGUAAAGGCAGCUCAUGCUAAUGUUCCAAGGACACUAUCCAGAAAUGUAUCUGUAUUUUCUUCUUCAGCCGCGCUAUUUCAGAAAAUGGAUAGGAAGAAACCAGUUUUUCCAGAAGAUAGCCAUAACAGAACCGCGGUUGAUGGGGCUGCAAAGACCAAUGACAACUCCAUUAUGAACAGGUUAAAGUCAACUUAUAGUCGGACCCAAAGUAAAAGAAGGCCUAGUAGUGAAUCAACAGAUAAGGACAAGAUCAGUAGUCCUUCCAUGAUGAACAGAUUGAAGUCAACUUACAGUCGAGUUGCUAGUGUAAAGAAGCCCCAAACUGCAUUUGGCGAAGAAAAUGCUACUACGAUGUUACAGGCAUUACCCCUUAGGCUGAGCAGUCACCAGAUUGCCCUUUUGCUAUCAUCAAUCUGGGCACAGUCCCUCUCUCCUCAGAAUGUGCCUGAAAAUUUUCAAGCAAUUGCCCAUACUUACAGCCUUGUCUUGCUAGUUGCUCGGAACAAGAACUCCUCUAAUGAGGCUCUGAUUCAAAGUUUCCAGUUGGCGUUUACCUUGAGGAGCAUUUCUCUUGCUGAAAAGGUUCAGCUGCCGCCUUCACGCCGCAGAUCUCUCUUCACAUUGGCAACAUGCAUGAUUGUUUUCAUAGCCAAGGCCUACAACGUGCUCUCUCUCAUUCCUAUUGCUAAAAUGGCACUUUCAGAUGAAACAGUUGAUCCAUUUCUACAAAUUUUUGACGAUAACAAAUUGCAAGUUGUGAUGGAUACAAUAAGACAUCCGAGUAAACCUUAUGGAUCAAAGGAGGAUGAUGUAGAUGCUUUAAAGUCACUUUCAGCAAUAAAACUGACUGAGAGCCAGUCUAAAGAAUCAUUUGCUACCAUGAUAGUGCAGAAUGUGGAAAAAUCAACAGAUGAACCAUCCAACUUAAAAGAAAAACUGCUUCGUAAAUUUUCACCUGAUAAUGCAUGUCCAAUGGGAGCUCAGCUAUCCACCGAAUCACCAGGAGGCAUCUACCAAUCUGGAUUGAAAGAUGAUAAAUCAUCCGAUAUGGUUGAUGCACCAUUGUUUACACUUGAUGAUGACGUCUCAUCCCGAGAAUUGGAAAGCACAGCUGGCGCUGUUGUGCAGCUGCCUUCAGAAAGUCCUAUUCUGCUUAGUGUUGAUGACAUUUUGGGUUCGGUUAUGGAAACAACAAAUCAAGUUGGAAGGGUUUCAGUUUCACCUCCAUUUGACAAGCCUUAUAAAGAAAUGGCUCUGCAUUGUGAGGCCCUCCUCAUGGGAAAGCAGCAGAUGAUUUCCACUUUCAUGUUUCCUCUGCCAGUGCAAGGAAAUCCAUUUACUAUUUCUGCUGAAGAUUACAACCAGGGCAAGGGGGAGGUGCCUUCACAAUCCACUGUUCAGCAAAGUCUCCCUAUACUGCAGACAGGAAAUCCAUUCCUGGAGCCAAACAUUGUCCCCAUGUCUGGCGCGACACCGACUCAAGUGCUUUGUGCGGCAGCAUACCAGUACCAGACCUUUCAAUUACCAGCAUCUAGCCCAUAUGAUAACUUCUUGAAGGCUGCUGGUUGUUGAUUUCUGAUCAUAAAGAUGGGUCAUACUCAGAUUGUUGUAGUUAUCAUAGGAGCAAGAUCCUCAUUAGCUUCUUUUUCUUGAGCUCAAAUUGACAACAAGCAUUUCAGUUAGAUUCGGUGAUUGGUUGGUGUUUUUGUGGCAGCCUUGACCAAUCAGAUUGUAUGAUGAGUCAUAAUUCUUCUUCAAUGAUUUGCUUUCAGCAAGGAGGCGUAUCUUCUAUUGACUUCCUUGCUCUUACUUAGAGCUGGUUUUAUGUGCAUAGCUUACCCCAACUCCCCAACCAAGUGGGUUGUACAUGCCUUUUUUUUUUUCCCCCUCCCUUCCUAUUCCCUCUUGCCUCUAGCC